AUUCAAUAUUUAUUUGUACCUGACAUAUCUGCCUCGGAACCUUUGAAGGGUACAUCCGUUUUUAGGGGAACCUCCAUAUUCAAUGGACCGGAAGUAGACCGAGUCACAUUGAAAAUUUUUCCACUCGCAAGUCAAUGAUGCUCUUGAAGGUGCAACGGCCAUAGGACUGUAAACCAUGUUUCUUCCAAGGGUGGUUUCACGGCUGAACCUGCUUUCCAAAGUGUCUGGUUCACUGCAGAACCAGAGCCAGGCAUUAUGCAGUGCCGUGCAACACUGUCGUUCUGCUCAUUGCACAGCUCCUAAAUAUUCAAACAGAUGCUUUACUUCAGCUGCGGACAACAAACUUCCACCCAAACUAUGGACACCCCUUGAACCAGAGUUAGAAGAAGUUCUUGUGCCCCGUAAACUAUCAGUUUCACCCUUGGAGAGCUGGCUUUCUCUGCGCUACUCUUUCCCCCCGUUGCUGGAGGCUUCAGCGCCGCUGGAUGAAGGUGAGGCCGUGGAAAAGUCUACGGUGCUUCCUCCAUUUGUGGUACCGUUACUGGAGGAUGGGGAAAGCCCGACACCGCUGAACUGCAAGAAUGUGCUAAAGAUCCGACGAAGGAAGAUGAACAGGCACAAAUAUAAGAAGCUGCUAAAACGGACCAAGUUCCUGAGGAAGAGAGUGAAAGAUAACAGAAGCAAAAGAAAACAGGUUAAAUUUGAGAGGGAUCUUGCCCGAAUUGUUAAACAAGCUGGACUGAAGAGAGCCCCAGAUGGAUGGACAGCACCCCAAAUCUAUGUCAGAAUGAGUCAGAAUAAAAAAGAUUAACAUCUGUGCUAUUUAAAUAUUUUUGACUUCUCUUUUUUUCAUAAUACUAUUCACUCUUCUGUGACAGCAUCUGGAGCAAAACAGUGACUUGAAAUCCAUAUGUACUACAUAUGUACUUAUUACUGUAAUAAAAACGCUUCAUCUCA